GCGAGGUGCCGGUGGCCGUGGCCGCUCGUCCUCCGGGGCCGCACUCAUGCCUUCCUGGACCGCCUUCUAGCGAGAGCUAGGGCCUGGGGAAGAGGGGAAAGCAGCGGGGAGCCGAAGCGGGGAGCGAGCGCCUCCCCGGGCACCAGUAGCUGUGUCUGCAGCGGACGGGCGGGCCAGAUCGGAGGAGAAGAACACCCUCCGCCGGCUUAGGGGCUGUGGGUGACGGAGCUGGGCUAUCGGUCGGCUGGUUUGUCUGAGGUUCUGAAGUGACUAUCUGAAGACUUCCUUUUUGAAAUCUUCAAAAGCAAGAACAAUUCUGUUUUAAUAAAUGAAGGAGAAUAAAGAAAAUUCCAGCCCUUCUUUAAACUUGGCAAACCUGGACCAUACAAAGCCAUGUUGGUACUGGGAUAAGAAAGACUUGGCACAUACUCCAUCACAGCUAGAAGGCCUCGAUCCAGCUACUGAAGCACGAUACCGCAGGGAAGGGGCCAGGUUCAUAUUCGAUGUGGGAACUCGAUUAGGGUUACAUUAUGAUACUCUGGCAACUGGAAUAAUUUAUUUCCAUCGAUUUUAUAUGUUUCAUUCCUUCAAACAAUUCCCAAGAUAUGUGACAGGAGCCUGCUGUCUCUUCCUAGCAGGAAAAGUUGAAGAAACACCUAAGAAAUGUAAAGAUAUAAUUAAAACAGCUCGGAGCUUGCUAAAUGAUGUACAGUUUGGACAGUUUGGAGACGACCCAAAGGAAGAAGUGAUGGUCCUUGAAAGAAUAUUGCUGCAAACAAUAAAGUUUGAUUUGCAAGUGGAACAUCCAUACCAGUUUCUUCUCAAGUACGCCAAACAACUUAAAGGAGACAAAAACAAAAUUCAAAAACUGGUUCAAAUGGCAUGGACCUUUGUCAAUGACAGUCUCUGCACUACACUGUCACUACAGUGGGAACCUGAGAUAAUAGCUGUUGCAGUUAUGUACCUAGCAGGUCGUUUGUGUAAGUUUGAAAUACAGGAAUGGACAUCAAAGCCAAUGUACAGACGAUGGUGGGAGCAGUUUGUCCAAGAUGUUCCUGUCGAUGUUCUGGAAGAUAUUUGUCAUCAGAUCCUGGAUCUGUACUCACAGGGAAAACAACAAAUGCCUCAUCAUACUCCUCAUCAGUUGCAGCAGCCACCAUCUCUUCAAUCUACACCCCAGGCACCUACGGUACAGCAAUCACAGCAAUCUCAGAGUUCAGAGCAAUCACAGCCUCAGCAGCAGAAGGAGUCACAACAGUCAGCACAACAACAGCAGCAGCAGCAGCAGCAAACGCAAGCACAGCAAACUAAAAAGCCGUCUCCCCAGUCAAGUCCUCCUAGACAGAAUAAAAGACCAGCAGCUGUAUCUCCAAAAGAAGAAACAAAGACAUCAGAACCACCACCACCAUCUAAAAUCCCUAAAAUUGAAACUUCACAUCCACCAAUACCUCCUGCACAUCCACCUCCAGAGCGUAAGCCUCCCUUGACCACUGCAGUUUCACUGGCAGAAGCAGAGCAAUCUACUACUGUGGACACAGUAGAUGUGCCAAAGGUCCAGAUUCCUCCUCCUGCUCAUCCUGCCCCCGUGCACCAACCUCCACCACUGCCACAUCGUCCCCCACCCCCACCCCCCACCAGUUAUAUUACAGGGAUGUCUACUACAAAUUCUUACAUGUCAGGAGAGGGUUAUCAAAGUCUUCAGUCAAUGAUGAAAACAGAAGGACCAACUUACGGAGCUCUACCACCAGCCUAUGGACCACCAACUCAUCUACCGUAUCAUCCUCAUGUCUAUCCUCCCAACCCUCCACCACCAGUUCCACCUCCACCCCCUGCUUCAUUCCCACCACCCAAUAUUCCACCUCCUACUCCUGGAUAUCCUCCUCCACCUACAUACAACCCUAAUUUCCCACCUCCGAGACUGCCUCCAACCCAUGCAGUACCGCCUCAUCCACCUCCAGGGCUGGGAAUGCCACCAGCUAGUUACCCCCCACCUACUGUUCCCCCAGGUGGACAGCCACCUGUACCACCUCCAAUUCCACCACCUGGUAUGCCACCUGUAGCAGGACUUGGACGUGCUACGUGGAUGAGAUAGCAGGAGGUUAUUUGCACGACAUCCCUUUAUGUUGACUAGGCAGGAGUAGCUAGCCAAAACCUACUUUGUAAAGAUGAAGAGGAGGGUAAUUUGUAUAAUUUAGAGGAAGAAAUGAGGCAGUGAAAUGAAAACUUAGCUGAUCUGUUUGCGGUAUUGUUUAUGGUGAGUUAUAAUAGGCUUCUAGAUUUUAAUCAGCUUUGCAGUAUCUAUUCUAACUUUAUACAUUUGACUGAAGUUUAAAUUGUCUUGAGUUAUUCCAGCACUGGAUUACUUUAUACUAGCACAAGCAGCCAUAUUGGCUCAAUUAUAUCAGUAAGAAGAAAAUUUCCUUCUAGAAAUCAGUGCCUAUGUUUGAGUAUCAAAAUAGCCAGAUACUAUGGAACUUGAUCUAUUGUAAGAAACUUCUUUUUUAGUAAUAAUUAAAGCAACACGAAGUCAAACAUAAACCCUGCUUUAUUUAAGAGAGAUUCUGAAUGCUAGCUGACUGGAAUCAUUUUGAGGUGUUUGCCUUGCUGAUGUUUUUGUUUUGGAAUGUACUGGUAUCUUAAAGUAUUGUAUGUUUACACCUAUUUGCAAAUUUCUGUACAUAAUAUAUAUAUUUUCUAAUUGUGAAAGUCUGAAUGUAACAACCUACUGUGAUGUACAUCCUGGUUAUAAAUGGGACUACUUUGUUCACAUCUCCCCAAAUAAAAUUGGUUCUGAAUUUAGUGGACAUCCAGGCCUUUUUCGUACUAGUUCAGAAUCAGUAAUUAUGGUACUUACUGCAAGAUACUUCAUCAGUGAUCUGCCAGAUCUUCCUCAGUUUAUUUAAAAAGCAUGUACUUUAUUCAACUAGAAGUAUACACUAUCACAAUCAAUCUCUUACUUCAUUUUUACUAAAAUAUUUCAAAUGAAUGUUUUACACACAUUAUCAAAAAAAUCUGUACUAUUACUUUCCCUCCCCAAAAAAGCCAGAGUGGUUCAAUAAUAGGUAAAAACGCGUGCUAAGGUCUAAAGAAUUUUGCUAUAUACACAACAGUAGGUGCUAACUCUUCCAGUUCUUUGUAAAUCAUAUACAGAAAAUAGAGCAGGGCUGUAAGAUCACAGGUUUAACAGAAAUCAAACUUUUAACUGAUUUCUAAAGCAGCACAAAUAGACUUUCCCCACAUUAUGAAAAAUAUACAAUUUUAUCACUUUACAGUCAUGCACGUUGAAAAAGAUCAGUAGUACUCUUCCCCCCCAGUUUCUAAAAAGAUAAAAGGUCACUUUAACACUGAUUUCUUUUAAUAUCUAAUAUUUGGAUAAAAAUGUGCCAUUUCCAAACAAAGUUGUGCUCAGCAGUCUUGUCAAGGUGCAAAGAGCCAGCUGAGGCUGGUAAGUGGAAAUACCGCUUACUUCAGUUGCUCUGACAGAAGCCAAGGAUGUGAUUUUACUUUCCUUAAGCAAGCAAAGUCCAUUUGUAAACAGCAGCUGCUUUCUUUGCCAGAGGAUUGCAGAACCCAGGGCUUCAAUCUUGAGGAAAUUACCUCCGCCUAUUUCCCCAAAUAGAUCAGUUUACUGGUCACUAUUUCAAGGGAUGCUCCCUUCCAACUUAAUGUACCAAGUUCCUCAGGUAGUUUUCGCUGAAGAUUUAGCACAUGGGUAAGUGAAUUUAAAUGUGCACGUAAAACAUCUUUUACACAACUCAGAAUUCAGCACCCAAGUCAUUCUGUAAAGUCAUUGAGCAUCAUUUCACCCCAGGACGACGCUUUGUAGCUCAAACAGAGCUAAGUAUGAAGAGUAGCAAGCCAAAAAACCACCCAAAAU